AAAAGAUUCACUUGAAACAGUUUAAAAAAUCACUUCUGACCCGUAUAUUCCAGGAUGCAGACUGUGUACAUCAUCGACGUGAAGAGCGGGAACUUACAGUCUCUCUCGAAUGCUAUCAAACACAUUGGUGGGUAUGAAAUCGUAUUCAUCACCAAUGCCGGAGAAUUCCAACAAUAUGACUCUCAAAUUGAACGUCUUUUAUUCCCUGGGGUUGGUAACUAUGCCCAUUUUGUGAAGCAGUUGCACGACCGUGCGCUUGUGGAGCCCAUCCGGGCCUAUAUUGAGAGCGGUAGAGCGCUCAUGGGGAUCUGUGUAGGGUUGCAAUCAUUAUUCCGUGACAGUGAAGAAUGUUCCGACGGGGUCCAAGGGUUAGGAUAUCUUGAUCUUAGUUUAUACAAGUUCAAUAAGGAAGACCCUAUCUUCCAAGAACGUGGCUUGAUCAAGUCUGUGCCCCACAUCGGGUGGAAUAGUGUCAGUGAAAUCCGUAAGAGUGGAGAAUUACUUGAUGAAAAUGAAUCCCUUUUCAGUAUCAACACCACCAACAAGUAUUAUUUCGUUCAUUCUUAUGCUGCCAUCUUGAAGACUCAAGAAAUUAAGGAUAAGAUUGCCCAAUAUGCCUCGCAAGGUUGGGACUUUGUGUAUGCCAAUUAUGGAUCUGAACAAUUUCUUGCUGCCGUUUCCUACAAGAAUUUCUUUGCUACUCAAUUCCACCCAGAGAAGUCAGGGGUUGCUGGAUUGAAAGUAUUGAAGAGUUUCUUGGAAGGGAGCAAAUAUGACGUUGUUUCUGCCCAUGACAUCCAAAAGCCCGUUAAUGGACAAACGGUUGAGAAGACGUUGGGUGGGUUGACCAGAAGAAUCAUUGCUUGUUUGGACGUUAGAACCAACGACGAUGGAGACUUGGUGGUGACCAAAGGUGACCAAUACAACGUUAGAGAAGCAUCAUCUUCCGAUUCUGAAGAAAGUAAAGUGAGAAACUUGGGGAAACCAGUAGAAUUGGCCACCAGAUAUUAUCGUCAAGGUGCUGAUGAAGUCACUUUUUUGAACAUUACUUCGUUCAGAAACUCUCCUUUACAAGAUUUACCCAUGUUACAAGUGUUGAGCAAAGCGGCAGAAUCUAUUUUCGUACCGUUGACGGUUGGGGGUGGGAUCAAAGAUAUGGAGGAUCCAGUGACCAAAAAACGAGUUCCUGCAGUGCAGGUGGCGGACUUGUACUUCCGUUCCGGAGCUGACAAGGUUAGUAUUGGGUCCGAUGCUGUGAACAUUGCUGAGAAGUACUAUGCCAACGGGGGUAAGGGAGAUGGUACGUCAUCCAUUGAAACCAUUUCUGCCACGUUUGGGAAUCAAGCAGUGGUUAUUUCCGUUGAUCCAAAGAGGAAAUAUGUGUCGAGUCCAGAAGAUACUACUCAAGAAGUCAUUCAAAUAAUCGAUCCGGCUAAAUAUGGCCCCAAUGGAGAACAAUAUUGCUACUACCAAGUGACAUCACAGGGUGGAAGAAAGACCCACGAAUUGGGGGCAUUGGAACUCUGUGUGGCAUGCGAAAAGCUUGGUGCUGGUGAAGUUUUAUUGAACUCUAUUGACCACGAUGGGUCGAACAAGGGCUACAACUUGGAGCUUUUGAACCAGGUGAAGAGUAGAGUGUCUAUCCCAGUGAUUGCCAGUUCCGGUGCUGGGAACCCUGCGCACUUCCAAGAGGUGUUUGAGAUGGACUGUGGAAUCGACGCUGCCUUGGGGGCUGGUCUUUUCCACCGUAAUGAAUAUGCGGUUAAUGACGUUAAGAGAUUUUUACAGCUGCAAAAGAUGGAUGUUAGAUUAGAUGACAAGGUUGAAUUGUGAUCUUAAAUAGAAUGGAAUCAUAGAA